AUGACUGCCCAAUAUAUUGAAGUCCUUGACCCAAAUAAUGGUGAACCUGUGCGAGUUAAUCUUUCCAAUGGAGCCUUGUUGAUAUCCUCUAUUGAUGGUCUUUUUCGUGGCACUUUUGGUUUGAAAUAUAAAGAUGUGACUACUGGCGCUAAAUACGGUGUUUCAACUGAUCCAAUCAAUCAAGUUUUUUUGGCGCCUAAAGACGGAUGGGGAAACAAAACUUAUGAACUUGUAUAUUCGCCUAACCGGUCUGCUAGUGUCACUCCUGAUCGACCUACCUCUCCUUGGAUGCAUGUUCAACGAGAGCUUCCGACUAUUAAUUCUGUUAGCAAAUUUUGCUUUUACCUCAAGAAAGAAGUUAAUUCGAAUAAAGAAAACAAAACGGGGAAGGAAGUUAAAAUUGAAGUAAAAUCAUGCGUCACAAGAAUUAGCAAAAGAUAUUUUGCAACUUAUCACCACAAGUCGCAUAAGGAUUUUAAAGAAGGAAAGGAGGUUGAAAUAUUUCCCAAUGAAGGAGAAGAGCCUUUUAAAGCAACGUGCAAAUUUGUCAACGAAAAAUGGGACUUUAUAUUAUUCAAAUCUAAUGAAGAUGUUGAAGGUGAUGGACCUAAUAUUUCUCAAAGUUUUUAUCCUGGUGAACGUAUAAUUUUAUAUGGUCGAGCAGGAAAAAAUGGAACAUUGGCUCCUCAAGAGGGAAUUAUAAAUUCAACACUACAAUAUUGGGACAAGGACAAAAUGUAUGCCUCUUUCUUGCUCGGCACAAUCAAAACUGAUCAUGGUGAUAGUGGAGGAGGAGUUUUCGAUUUUGGUGGAUUGAUUGGCAUGAGUGUUGGAAACACACACUUUAGUGACCCUCAGUAUAGUGUUGCUGCUACGUCUGCUGCUCAUUUCAAUUCAAAAAAUUAUAUUAUUAUGGCAAAGGAUUUGCUUGCUGUUGUGGAUACACUUGAAGGAACGAAAAAUGACCAAUUCAUCCAAAAGCCUUUACCAGGAAUGCCUCCAAUUGCUAGAAAUGAUGAACCACCACAUAAAAAGAAAAAGGGCAAUGAGACUGAUGACGAUUUUUAA